CCUUAUCCCACUUUUCCCAAUUUUGCCUUAAAAAUUAAAAUCAUUUAAAAAAUACAUAGCGCGAUUUCGGCUCUCUCUUACUCCAGUCACUCAGUUCGAUUUUCUCCGUCGCUUUCCUCAGUCUACGCCGAUCAACCUCAGGCCUAAUUUGGUUGGAAUUGCUGGUUUAAACCACAUUUUGACUGUCGAGCUAGGGUUUUUUCCUAUCAAGGUUUAGGAUGCCUCGAGAAAUCAUCACUCUGCAAGUAGGGCAAUGCGGGAACCAGAUCGGCAUGGAGUUUUGGAAGCAGCUCUGCUUAGAGCACGGCAUCAGUAAAGAAGGAAUCUUAGAGGACUUCGCUACUCAGGGAGGUGACAGGAAAGAUGUAUUUUUCUAUCAAGCUGAUGAUCAGCAUUACAUACCAAGAGCUUUGCUGAUAGAUUUGGAGCCAAGAGUCAUCAAUGGCAUCCAAAACAGUGAAUACCGUAAUCUCUAUAAUCAUGAGAAUAUAUUUGUUUCUGAUCAUGGUGGUGGUGCUGGAAAUAAUUGGGCCAGUGGAUAUCAUCAGGGUAAAGGCGUUGAAGAGGAUAUAAUGGAUAUGAUUGAUAGAGAAGCUGAUGGUAGUGAUAGUCUUGAGGGUUUCGUUUUGUGUCAUUCAAUCGCCGGAGGAACUGGCUCAGGUAUGGGAUCGUAUUUGUUGGAGGCCCUGAAUGAUCGCUAUAGUAAAAAACUGGUACAGACAUACAGCGUGUUCCCUAACCAGAUGGAGACAAGUGAUGUGGUGGUCCAACCCUACAACUCACUCUUGACACUCAAGCGGCUUACACUAAAUGCCGAUUGUGUUGUUGUUCUUGAUAAUACAGCCCUGAAUAGAAUUGCGGUUGAGCGGUUGCAUCUGUCAAAUCCUACAUUUGCUCAAACAAAUUCGUUGGUAUCUACUGUUAUGUCUGCAAGUACAACCACAUUGCGUUAUCCAGGAUACAUGAACAACGAUUUGGUUGGCCUUCUUGCCUCUCUAAUUCCAACACCAAGAUGCCACUUUCUUAUGACAGGAUAUACGCCACUUACUGUAGAGCGCCAAGCUAAUCUUAUUCGUAAAACCACUGUACUGGAUGUGAUGAGGAGACUUCUGCAGACCAAAAAUAUAAUGGUUUCUUCUUAUGCUCGUACUAAAGAAGCUAGUCAAGCAAAGUACAUCUCAAUAUUAAAUAUCAUCCAAGGAGAAGUGGAUCCUACUCAGGUUCAUGAAAGUUUGCAGAGGAUUCGUGAAAGAAAGCUUGUUAACUUCAUUGAGUGGGGCCCUGCAAGUAUUCAGGUUGCUCUGUCUAGAAAAUCUCCUUAUGUCCAAACUGCACAUAGGGUAAGCGGCCUCAUGCUUGCAAGCCAUACUAGCAUCAGGCACCUCUUCAGCAAAUGUUUGAGCCAAUAUGAGAAAUUAAGGAAGAAGCAAGCUUUUCUUGACAACUAUCGGAAAUUCCCAAUGUUUGCUGACAAUGAUCUUUCCGAAUUUGAUGAAUCGAGAGAUAUUAUUGAGAGUUUAGUUGACGAAUACAAGGCCUGUGAGUCCCCAGAUUACAUCAAAUGGGGAAUGGAGGAUCCUGAUCACGUUCUAACAGGAGAAGGAAAUGCUACAGGAACAGUGGAUCCGAAAUUAGGAAUUUGAAUUAAUUUUGGGUAUUGCAGACUUGCAGUCGCUUCCGAAGGCUAACAUGGAGUCGAGGAUUAUCGAGUGAAUUUGAAUUUUGUUUGAGUUCAUCGUCUGCUGUGGAACCAUGAAUUGUUUGUAAUUAGUUUUUUCACAUUCCAUGCCACAAAUAUUUUCCAGAAUAGCUUUUGACUGCUUGAGAUUACAGAAUCUCACUGUAUGUAUCAAGUUUUUGGGAACCGAGCUUUUUGUGAGCUAUUCAAACUCGGGCUCGAUAAGGCUCGUACCAGUUUGAGAAUUCAUGAGUCGAAUCAUAUUUCAAGUUCGUUUGUAA